ACCCAAACCUCACCCAACCACCCUCUUAUACUUAUAUACCUUAACGUUUUCUGUGAAACACCUCCACGCGUCUUCUCGAUUUUUUUUUUUUCUAUCGUAGCGUUAACACGCAACGACGUAACGACAACUAGCCGCGGUUCUCUUUAUACUAUACCUAUACCACUUGUACCAACUGUUCAAGCUAAUUACGACCAAUUACGAGGCUCGCGAGUCAGAGUUUCGGACUUCGGAGCGAUACAUUACCGGGAAGCUACCACGGGUAAAGGAGAGCUUACGUUUCAAAAUCAAAAUUGUGUGUUACACGUGAUUUAUUGAAAAAUCAUUUUGCCGGAAUAAUCACGUUGUCGCAUGGGCGUCGCCACCGACGUCUCUGAGAAUUAUCUGGAUUGUUUGGAUGUACCAGCCGAGUACCAGCCAUCUACAUAUGUAUCUGACACACCGGGCGAUCAUUUUCCAGUCCAUUGAUUAUUUAUGUCAGACUUAUCGAUCUGUUUCCACUUGUUUCUGUAUCUUUCUUUUUUUUUUUCCUCCCUUCUUUUUUUCUUCUACUUUUUCCCCCGACGAGACUUGUGUACGCGAACUCGUACGCGUUUGCGUUAACGUGGAGGAUUGCUUUCUUUCCCGGUUUUCGACGAAAACGACGAAAAUUCGUUCGACUUGGCGGAAAGAGAUGUUCAGAGGGAAAUGACAUACACGGUUCGACAUUGUUGAAAUUCGAUCGUGAACUUUCAAUCUUGGCGAAUCCUGCGGGCGACGAACUUUCUUCUUUUAACAAUCUUUUAAUUCCAUCAUUAAUUGAUUUCAUAGCCUAGCGCUUCUCUUUUUUAGGAUCCUGUAUUAAUAUUCCGUAGUGAUCUCUUUCAUAGGCUCAUACAUAGAAUUAUCACGUAACAUUCUGUUCCUUGUUUCUUCAGCGAUUAAAACGUAGUUGAGUUACUCUUAGCAGUCCUGCCGUUUAACAAGUCCGACCGUAGUUGAUCGAAAAUAUUUGCAAAUUUUUUCAAAUAUUAUUCCUCCUUCUCUUUAUCAAAUAAAAGUCUUUCGAAGUAACUUUAGCUUAGUGCCACGGCAGUUCAGUAGAACAACGUAUGUAUAAGCUCUUAAGACUUGCAUACCAAUUAAGAGAACACUUCUCGCUCUCUAUUAUUCGCCCUGAAGUACCCGAAUCGAUAGCACUUACUUAUCGAUCAUAAACUCUCUCUCGCUCUCUCUCUCUCUUUCUCUCUCUCUCUCUCUCUUUCUCUCUAUUUCGUAGACAAGAAUUACUAUAUCCAACGAACCUUUUCCACAGACAUUGUUCUUUUCAAUGUCCAACAAUACUUGGGAUAUUCUCUAAACGCAUCCAGGUAAUUCCCGGCCUAAGUGGCGGUGCCUCGUUCACGAUUGAGUUAACGAUCGAACGAAGAGAAAACAGUAAAGCUAAUAGCAAGCGAAAAGAAAAAAAGAAAAAAAAAAGCUAAAAGAAAGUAACGGAAGAAAAGAAGCAACCGGGAUAGCAAAAAAAAAAAAAAAAAACAGUCGGAUAAAAUAAAGUAAAAUAAAAGAAACAGACGUUUUCCCUGCUUACCAUUUUACAUAGACUCUAUGUAUCAGAGAAUGCAAUGCAAGGCUUUGUGCCGUGCCAUUUUUCAUUUAUACAUAAAUCACACUCGCUCUAGUCCUAUUCUUGUACAUACUACACACCCUUGAUCAUAAACAGUAAUAUCGGGACACCGAUGAUACGUUGUUAUACGGUUUUACAUAAAAACUCUUUUGGCUGCGGCGCUCGCAGGCUUACCACUGAUUGCUCAUAUUCCAUUCGAUGUCAUGUCACUUUUCUCGAAGUCAGGUACACAAAUAAGUGCGCAAACAGCACCCGAAACGAUAACGGAGAAUAUCGAAAACGGGGGGACAAAGGAAAACAGGCGUAGCCAGCGAAUGCACAACGGCAAAAGCGCGGGUAUAGUUUGCGAAUCACACGCACGAUAUGUAUACUAUACUGAGCGUUUCUCACCGAUCAUUGUCUAACCACUGUUGUUCUGUGUGAAUGCACUAUAAUGGAAUACACGGCCGAAAACGAACAAGAGAAAUUCGUUCCACACACACGACGCAUACAACGCAGGCAACAUACACGUAUUAUAUUUAUUCCAUAUAGACGCGACAGAUACAAUCAUAUCCUUGGCAUCUGGUUCUGAUCGAUACAUUCUCAUAUAUCGUUACUUCGAUGUGUGCCACCUUUGUGACUUAUUUGUGUGCGUGCCUCCUGUUAUUUAUCACUUUAUCAUGAGAUCAUGCUGAUUUUUGUCAAUUAUUUUGCCGAUCAAUAUAUAUCGUUUCGCAUUAAUUAAAAUGAUGGGCCCAAUUCAAAUUGCAAGCUCGCUUGUGGACGCGGGCGACUAGGCAGGGGUGAGUAAGCUGGCGGCGCGUCGCAUGGCGAUGCGUGAGAAAAAAGAACGAAAAAAGAUUAAAGAAAAAAAAAAAAAAAAAAAAAAGAAAUCAGAUUUUACAAAAAAAAAAAAAAAAAAAAAAAAAAAAAAAAAAAUUGUAAAAAAAAAAAAAAAAAAAAAAAAAAGAAAGACGAAAUGUCUUCACACGUGACGAACCUGUCCUUUAGAAGAAUUGGACGUCACGUGAAUAAUUCGAGCGAAUAUAUCAUUGUAUGACAUGAUUUUGACUGAACCACGACUGUGUUUCCAAACUAGGUAAAGUUUUACAGAGUGAGUGAGAUAAGAGGCAGGGGCGGGCGUCGUCGGCCUUUAAACCCCCCGCCACACGUUACCCCUCCACCUUUGGUUGUGGACCCACUUGACAACAAGCUGUCGUUCUGAGUCAAUUGAUUGGAUUUGGUGGAUAAUCCAACGUACGUACAUAUGUCGUGAACAAAGCAAAGAACAAAUAGAUCUGUGAGAAUAAGACGAAAUACUGAAUCAAGAGGAGUGAGUGGGGAGGCAUAGAGGCUACUGUAGUUUCGGAACACAGCCAUGGUCUCCCUACCUCCCAGUCUGCAGAAACAGGUCAGCGUUAUGAGUAUGAACUUGAGUGCCAAGCUGGACGAGCUGCAGCGGGGUGACCGCCAGCUGGAGACCACCGUCGCCCUCUGCGAGAUCCGCACGCAGCUGCAGGAACUCACCAAGAGCGUAGAGUCUUGCCAGAGCGAGGUCAGCGAGGUCAAACGGGACAUGGUCGCGAUCAAGCACGAACUAGAUACGGUACAGCAGGUGAAAGAAGAAAUAGAGGAAUUACGAGAAUACGUGGAUCGACUAGAAGAACAUUCACAUCGACGGAAACUUAGGCUUUUGGAGCAGGGGCUAACACUUUUCCUGUCGUAUGCAAUACUGGCAGCAGUUUUAGGAAUGUUGCAGUUUGGAUACAACACUGGAGUUAUUAAUGCGCCGGAAGUGAAUAUUGAAAAUUUUAUGAAAGACGUGUACAAGGAUAGGUACGGAGAGGAUAUUUCAGACGAUUCCGUGAAGAAAUUGUAUUCCGUGGCCGUAAGCAUAUUUGCGAUUGGUGGUAUGCUAGGUGGUUUUAGCGGAGGAAUAAUUGCCAACAGAUUUGGCAGAAAGGGGGGCUUACUGCUAAACAACGUGCUGGGCAUCGUGGGGGCGUGCCUGAUGGGUUGUACAAAGAUUGCUCACUCGUACGAAAUGUUAUUCUUUGGACGGUUCAUCAUCGGCGUCAAUUGUGGCUUAAACACCUCGCUGGUUCCCAUGUACAUAUCGGAGAUAGCACCACUGAACCUGAGAGGCGGCCUAGGCACGGUGAACCAGCUCGCUGUUACGGUGGGCCUCCUGGUCUCCCAGGUGCUGGGCAUCGAGCAAAUCCUUGGAACGAACGAGGGUUGGCCAGUUCUCUUAGGGCUAGCUAUCUGCCCUGCCAUUCUACAGUUACUGCUGCUUCCAGUUUGCCCCGAAUCUCCAAGAUAUUUGCUCAUUACGAAACAGUGGGAGGAAGAAGCCCGUAAAGCUUUGAGGAGGUUGAGAGCCAGUAACCAAGUGGAAGAAGACAUCGAAGAAAUGAGAGCCGAGGAACGAGCUCAACAAGCCGAAUCUAGAAUAUCGAUGACAGAGCUCAUAUGUAGCCCGACUUUGAGAGCACCUCUCGUUAUCGGUGUGGUUAUGCAACUUUCUCAACAGCUUUCAGGCAUUAACGCCGUGUUUUACUAUUCGACAAAUUUGUUCACUAGUUCUGGUUUGACAGAGGAGAGUGCCAAGUUCGCAACCAUUGGCAUAGGUGCCAUUAUGGUUCUAAUGACGUUAGGAUCCAUCCCGCUUAUGGAUAGAACAGGAAGACGUACACUGCACUUAUACGGUCUUGGUGGCAUGUUUAUCUUUUCAAUAUUCAUCACAAUUUCUUUUCUCAUAAAGGAGUUUUUCGGUUAUGUGCAGGAAAUGAUUGACUGGAUGUCUUAUCUGUCGGUCGUGUCGACGCUCAGUUUCGUGGUGUUCUUUGCUGUCGGGCCUGGCUCCAUACCGUGGAUGAUCACGGCCGAACUGUUCUCGCAAGGUCCCAGACCUGCCGCCAUGUCUAUCGCGGUCCUUGUCAAUUGGAUGGCUAAUUUUUUGGUUGGCAUCGGUUUUCCAAGUAUGAAGACUAGCCUUGAAAACUACACGUUCCUACCAUUCAGUGCAUUCCUAGCCAUCUUUUGGAUCUUCACGUACAAGAAGGUUCCUGAGACCAAGAAUAAAACAUUCGAAGAAAUUCUAGCUUUAUUCAGGCAUGGUAACGACAGGAGCAGCUUGCGGGACAGCAGACUUUAUGGGAGCAUGCUAAACUGUGUGAAUGCAUUAGAGGGACACAUACCGCCAGCAGAGAGUGCAGCCCUGAUGGUGGCCGAGGAGAAGCCACAUCCUGAUUCAUUUGUGUUUGCAGCUGGAUCAGAGCGAUCUUCCGGCGCACCCGCUCAACCGGAGAGACCACCGCCCCCGCUUCCCCCGCCACGCUUUCCGAACAGCGGUGUCUGACAAUGGGAAACAGCUCCUCUUAAUAUUGGUAAUCUAGUGAUCAUGAACACGUCAAUCCCACUGCCGCUACUGUUCACCACCAACAGCCUCACAUUGGAGAAUCAACUAUACGAGAUCAUCACGGAGAGGAGCAAGGCCUGCGCGGCUUUCUUGCGGAAUAGUUUACGUCGAGCAGUGAACGCGACCACUAUCGGCUGGAGUGUCACGGAGAAUUUCGAGAGUAACGUAUCAUGCAAUCAUGCUUGAUCCGACGAACGAAGAGAUUAAAAACGAAGAUCACCUGUUGAUUGUCCCCGGUAUCCCCGGUAUCGAAUAGAACGAAGUCGAUCGCGGAUGCUUUAGCACGGAAUUUAAACGAACCGGCUUAGUUCGGGUGUCGGGUUAUUGUUGGCACGUGAAAUUAACCUUCAUACUGAAUAUGUAUGGUUGAAUAUAGAGGAACGAAACACGAUACGAUUUCGCAGAACUUGCUAGUUACAAUUUACCGAACAGAAUAGAACGAUAGUAAGUGAAAAUGGGUGAUCGAAAUGUUAAAUUGACUCGCCGAGGAUUUUAGUAGGUGGAUCUAACGCAGCGUUCGAUAUGACAUGCGAGAGUCUUUGCCGAAACGUGAAACGACGAGGACGAGGUAACGAAGACCUUUCGAAAAAAAAAAAUCUAACGAAAUGUUGCGAAAGUGAUUGUGCCUAGACAUACAUACGUUUGAAAGAUAGAAAAAAAAGAGAGAAAAAAGAGAAAAAAAAGAAAAAGAAGU